AGGAGGUACGCGAGGCGUCUGGGGCGAAGAUCCAGCUGGCGCGCGACGAGAUGGACGGGCUGCGCCCGUGCCACAUCUCGGGCCCGUUCCAGAACGCCAUGCAAGCCUUGAGUAUGAUCUUCGAGACUACCGAGCCUGGCGCCGCCGUCGAGACCACGCGGCAGCUCGCGGCCAACGAGACUGCCCCUGGGCCCUCCCGCGAUGGCGCCGAGCCCGGACGCGGUGCCGCUGGCCGUGGCGGCGGCCUGGCACUGACCGAUUGCGCCGCGCUCUUCUCGCAGGGGGCUCGUGGGUCGGGGAACGGAGGAGAGUUGGGGAGGGAGGCAGGUCAUGUCGUUAGGCUCAGACUGCCGACCUCCGAACGAGGCAGGCAGGAUAUAUCGCGACAUCUUGGCCCACGGGUCCAAGAAGUGCGAGGGCUUCACUGGAGGCGCACGCACAUGUAGACAUCUUCCUCCUGUUCCCCCUCCUCCUUCCUCCUCCUCCUCCUCCUGCUCCCCCUUCUCCUCCUCAUUGCUCCUUCUGCUUGGUCCCUGCGUGGACGUAGCGCGAACCCAUCUUGAAUUGUGUCGCCAGCAAAAGGCGCGGGGCAGCGGCAGGAAAGAAUACGACUGCGAACAAGGCGCGGCGAGAUGACCUGGGAGAGACGACGCGAGCGCACGAA